GAGCCCCGGACGCGGCCGCGCGGGGAGACCGGGGCGGGCGCCGCGGCAGGGACUGUCUCUCCGGUUGCGUCCAGCGCACCAGGCCGGUGGCGCUCGGCGGGCGGGAGGCGCGCGCCCCUCUGUCCCCGGGGCCUCCGCGCGCCCGUGGCCGGGAGGCAGCCGCGGAGGCCGGGCCGCGGCACCGGCGCCGGAUCCGGGGGGAUCCUCGCGGCGAGCGUUUCGCCGGAAUGUAAAUGAGCGCCCUGCGCGGAGGCGGGGGCGGGCUCGGUGGCCGGGAGGGCGGAGGGAGUUGCACAUUUUACAGCUCACUGACCAUUUGGCGAGCCAUUGAGAGGAGGGUUUGGAAAAGUGGCUCCUUUGUGACAGCUCUCGCCAGAUUGGGGGGCCGCUCAUUUGCAUCUCAUUAGCCAUGCGGACGGACGGCGGGAUAUAAGGGCGCGGCGCCGGCGGAGCCAGACCCUCGGCGCGCACCCGCGGGACCUGCAGCCGGCGGCUCGGCUCGCUGCGAGGACGGGCUGCGGCGCGGAGCCUCCUCCCACGGCCUUCCCGCCCCACGCGUGUGGACUCGGAUGGCACCGGCUGGGCUCCUCGGAGCGACGCGACUCUCCGCGGCGGCCCAGGCGGCUCUGGGGGCCCGGGCUGCUUCCCGAGCGCCCGCCGCAGCCGAGUGAGCGGCGCGGCCCGGAUCACUGACUCGCCGUGGAGUCCCGGACCGCGCCUCCCACCGGGCUCGGAGCAGCCUCCGCCGUUCCCGGGGAGCCGAACCGACCGACCGGACGCGUCCUCCCGCCCUCCCUCUCGCCUUUUGCCUGCGAAGACGCCUGAGACAAAACCAGGAAGCGGGCGACCCUCGCCCACUCGUGGGCUGAACGCACGAGGAGGAAACCGAAAGUUGCCGCCGCAGGAGCGACCUCCCGAGCGAGCCUGUCCGCGCGCGUCGCCCAGUGCCGCAGCCGCAGGGCGACCGGGAGCCGCGGCCUGGCCCCAGCCGGGCCGGCCCCGGGGGAGUCGGGGUCUCCCGCAGGCCAGGCGGCCUCGCACCCCGCCGCUGCGUGGAGCGGGGAACCGGCGGGACGCCAGGGGGGCCGGCGAGUCGGGCGGUGCGCCAUGGGCCGCCGGGGCGCCCUGGCCCUCGCCGUGGUCGCGGCCCUGCUGUGCCAGGUCUGGAGCUCCGGGGUGUUCGAGCUGAAGCUGCAGGAGUUCGUCAACCGGAAGGGGCUGCCGGGCGACCGCAGCUGCUGCCGCGGGGCCGCGGGCCCGCCGUGCGCCUGCCGGACCUUCUUCCGCGUGUGCCUCAAGCACUACCAGGCCAGCGUGUCGCCCGAGCCGCCCUGCACCUACGGCAGCGCCGUCACGCCGGUGCUGGGCGUCGGCUCCUUCAGCCUCCCCGACGGCGCGGGCGCCCACCCCGCCUUCAGCAACCCCAUCCGCUUCCCGCUGGGCUUCACCUGGCCGGGCACCUUCUCUCUGAUCAUCGAAGCUCUGCACACAGAUUCUCCCGACGACCUCGCCACAGAAAACCCCGAGCGGCUCAUCAGCCGGCUGGCCACACAGAGGCACCUGACGGUGGGCGAGGAGUGGUCCCAGGACCUGCACAGCAGCGGCCGUGCGGACCUCAAGUACUCCUAUCGCUUCGUGUGCGACGAGCACUACUACGGGGAGGGCUGCUCAGUCUUCUGCCGCCCCCGGGAUGAUGCCUUCGGCCACUUCACCUGUGGGGAGAGGGGCGAGAAGGUGUGCAACCCUGGCUGGAGGGGCCAGUACUGCACCGAAGCAAUCUGCCUGCCCGGAUGCGAUGAGCAGCACGGGUUUUGUGACAAGCCAGGGGAAUGCAAGUGCCGAGUGGGCUGGCAGGGCCGCUACUGUGACCAGUGCAUUCGGUACCCGGGCUGUCUCCAUGGCACCUGCCAGCAGCCCUGGCAGUGCACCUGCCAGGAGGGCUGGGGGGGACUCUUCUGCAACCAGGACCUCAACUACUGCACACACCACAGGCCCUGCAGGAACGGGGCCACCUGCACCAACACGGGCCAGGGGAGCUACACCUGCUCCUGCCGGCCUGGGUACACCGGGGCCACCUGCGAGGACGAGGUGGACGAGUGCGGGCCCAGCCCCUGCAGGAAUGGGGGCAGCUGCACGGAUCUCGAGAACGGCUUCUCCUGCACCUGUGCACCCGGCUUCUACGGCAGCGUCUGCGAGCUGAGCGCCAUGGCCUGUGCGGACGGGCCUUGCUUCAAUGGGGGGCGCUGCUCCGACAACCCCGAGGGAGGCUACACCUGCCACUGCCCCGCAGGCUUUUCCGGCUUCAACUGCGAGAAGAAGGUGGACGCCUGCAGUUCCUCGCCCUGUGCCAAUGGUGCGCAGUGUGUGGACCUGGGCGACGCCUACAUGUGCCGCUGCCGGACCGGUUUCUCGGGGCGGCACUGCCAGGACAAUGUGGACGACUGCGCCUCCUCCCCGUGUGCCCACGGCGGCACCUGCCGGGACGGUGUGAACGAGUUCUCUUGCACCUGCCCGCCCGGCUACAGCGGCAGGAACUGCAGCACUCCCAUCAGCCGGUGUGAGCACGCGCCCUGCCACAACGGCGCCACCUGCCACGAGAGGGCCCGCCGCUACCUGUGCGAGUGCGCCCGGGGCUACGGGGGCCCCAACUGCCAGUUCCUGCUCCCUGAGCCGCCGCCCCCGGCCCCCGAGGAGUACAUGGAGGCCGGGCCCUUCCCCUGGGUAGCCGUCUGCGCGGGCGCGGUCCUGGUGCUCGUGCUGCUGCUGGGCUGUGCGGCCGCAGGGGUCUGCGUGCGGCUGAGGCUGCAGAAGGGCCCGCCCCUGGCCGACCCCUGCCACGGGGAGACGGAGACCAUGAACAAUCUGGCCAGCUGCCAGCGGGAGAAGGACGUGUCCGUCAGCAUCAUCGGGGCCACGCAGAUCAAGAACACCAACAAGAAGGUGGACUUCCACGGGGACCACGGCAGCGGCAAGAACGGCCCCAAGGCCCGCUACCCUGGCGUGGACUAUAACCUGGUGCCCGAGCCCAAGGGCGAGGAUGCCGCCUCCAGGGACCCCCACAGCAAGCGCGAUGCCAAGUGCCAGCUGCAGGGCUCUCCUGGGGAGGAGAAGAGCACCCCGACACUCAGGGGUAGGGAUGCAUCUGAAAGAAAAAGGCGGGACUCUGUGUACUCUACUUCAAAAGACACCAAGUACCAGUCGGUGUUCGUCAUAUCGGAGAAGGACGAGUGUGUCAUAGCCACUGAGGUGUAAAGUUGAGGUGAUAUGGCAAAAUUCCCGUUUCUCUUCAACUACAUAGAAUUCCAAGGAUCUAUGCCCCAACGGAUGCUGCUGAGGGAGAAGGAGGCCUUCGCGACGGCGGGGGACGAGGCUCCAGGGUCGGCCGGCGGGGGCUGCAGGCUCGGGCUGCUCCAGGACGCCUGUUGCACUCUGCUUUUCGCGACGUCUCCAUUGCACUAUGGACAGUUGCUUCUAAGAAAUAUAUAUUUAAAUGAGUGGAUUAAAGACGACAUGAGACGCAUGCACUGCCCGGAGUGUAUAUUUUGGAUUCUUAUGAGCCAGUCUUUCUUGAAUUAGAACCACAAACACUGCCUUUAUCGUCCUUUUUGAUACUAAAAUGUGUUUUUGUUUUUUUUUCUAGGUGGGAAAAGAUGUGUGUUAUUUUUUGGACUUGUAAAAAUAUUUUUCAUGAUAUCUGUAAAGCUUGAGUAUUUUGUGAUGUUCAUUUUUUUAUAAUUUAAAUUUUUCGUAAAUAUGUACAAAGGCACUUCGGGUCUAUGUGACUAUAUUUUUUGUAUAUAAAUGUAUUUAUGGAAUAUUGUGCAAAUGUUAUUUGAGUUUUUUACUGUUUUGUUAAUGAAGAAAUUCCUUUUUAAAAUAUUUUUCCAAAAUAAAUAUUAUGAACGGCG